CACAAGAAAUUGGAGGAGAGAGAGAGAGAGAGAGACGAGUAGGAAUAGGAAUAGGAAUAGGAAUAGAGAGAGGAGGAGGAGGAGGAGGAGGAGGAGGAGGAAGAAGAAGAAGAAGAUGAGGGGAAUGGGCGACGCUCUCGUGGGCUCCUCCUCCGCCUCCGCCAUUGACGACGCCGCAUCCUCCUCCUCCUCCCCCUCCUCGAGCUUCUCCUACCUCGCCAUAUUCCACAACUACCCUCUCAUCUCCGCCGUUGUCGCUUUCGCCAUCGCCCAAUCCAUCAAGUUUCUCACCACCUGGUACAAGGAGAACAGAUGGGAUCCGAAGCAGCUCGUGGGGUCCGGUGGGAUGCCGUCGUCCCAUUCGGCCACGGUCACGGCGCUUGCCAUUUCGAUAGGUUUCCAAGAAGGCUUUGGGGGUUCUCUCUUUGCAACCGCGAUGAUAUUUGCGUGCAUUGUGAUGUAUGAUGCUUUUGGUGUUAGACUACAUGCUGGAAGGCAAGCCGAGGUGUUGAAUCAAAUUGUUUAUGAACUGCCUGCUGAGCAUCCUCUCUCAGAUACGAGACCGCUGCGAGAACUUCUCGGUCAUACUCCUCCUCAGGUUUUUGCCGGCGGAGUUCUAGGGUUCGUCGUUGCUGCACUCGCACACUUGAUAAUCCGAGCUGCGAGUCACGUUUGACGUUCGAACACACGGAGUAGCGUCAGAACCGAAGGGUUCUUUAAGAUGCGAAGUCGAUUGAUCAUUAUCAGAAUCGAAAGGUUUGUUGUUCUGCAAUUUCAAAUCGACUGAAUGUUGAAUUAGAUAAAAACUUGUAUCCUAUUUGUGUGAUUGGUGAUACAUUCUUAGAAUUUCUUUUUUCUUUUUCUUUUUUUCAACUACAUUAUUGUAACUGGUGCUUAAAGGCGCUUUCCAAAUGGAUUUGUGAUUCUUCUGUAAUUAAACAACUAUGAUUCUUGUAUGAUUUAUUAUUAUCAUUUGGUACUUUUCAUGA